UCCAGAAUUCGUCAGUCAGAUCACUUUGACUCUAAGCGCGCGGUAUAAAGUCUCGAGCGGGAACGAAUGGCUGCGAGGAGCGAUUUAUCUUUCGAGAGAAAAAAAAAUUAUCAAGGGUAAAAUCAAGGGUAUCCUUUGCUGAAGGAUAUCUAUAUUUUAAAAAGUACUUACACAAUCGCCGGUUACAUUUAUUUCUCCUCAGCCUUAUUGUUAGGUUACUGAUUAUUAUAUUAGGUUUCGGAGGUGGUGAAUGAGCUCACAGUUGCUUGUCUAGUUAAGCACGAUAAAAUAUAGAAGCAAAAAGCUAGAGACACUCGACUGCUAUUUUUCUUCGAAAACUGAGAUGAAUUGGGUCGGAGGUACAAGGAACAGAUUCAUGUUCAAAAAUGGCAUAAAAAAGCAAAAGGAAUUUUUUGGGAAGAAAAAGCUGCAAAAUAAAAAGAAGCUUUUAGGAAUUUCUACAAAUACUGAUAAAAAUAAUGGAGGAAGCAUGGAUCUGGUCACAUUAUAUGUUGUUAAUCAGAUUUCAGCACAGAAAGAAACUAUUGACGCACCAAAAAAAGUGAAGCAUUUGCAUAUAAUUAAGGAAGACAAAGGAUCUAUAAGGCAGAAAAUUUUAGACCUGCCAAUGUCACCAUGUCCACCUUCAAGACUGUGUCUUGAAGAAAGUCAGCCUCAAUACAGUGUCCAUGAUUUGGGCUUAAGAAACAAGAGUUAUCUUAAACAGACUCUGAAAUACAAACAGCUUUCUCCAGUUAUGGAAUCCAGUUUUUCAGACUGUAGCAAUAUAGAAAAACAGGAAUCAGUACCUGAUAGCUCAAGAGCAGUGUCUUGCUUUUCAUCCAAAAACCCUGUUGAACAGAAGACACAAUAUCAUUCCUCAGAUAUGUGGGAGUCAUCUUGUGCUGAGACUGAGUUUCAGCCUUUUUGUCAUUCAGGAGUAGACAGAAAUGAUGAUUAUUGGAUACCAUUGUCGAAAGAAACACAACAGCAGGACCAAGAGACAUCACAGUUUGGAUACACACUCAAGAAAUCGCAAAACAUUGCACUCGUCGGUGACGAGAGAACUACAUUUACUCAUAAUCAGGGAGAUUCAGGUUACUUUGAUACAGAUGCUUUCAUUGAAGCCCAUCUUCUGCAACAAGGCCGGCAACUGGAAAGUGUCUUCACUGGACCUGAGGAAAUGUUUAGUACAAAUCUAAGAAAACCAGAGAAAACAACAGGUCACAUUUUGCCAACAGCAGAUUACUCUCAUUUCUUUAUUGAAGAAAAAGAAGAGGACGAAAACCACAGUUUUGUAGUUUUUGAAAAUGGAAAGAGAUCCAGUGGUCAAGGAUAUUCACAGAAUUGUAAGGAAAAGAUUCAUCUUGAAGGAAAUCCACCUCUGUACAGCAAGAAUCUUCAAGAAAGCAGAUCCAGUCAACCAGAAGAUGUCUUUCUGUUUCAGGUGUCUAAACAAAUGGAGUCUGGACAUUCACCCAGUGAUUCUAUCUCGAGCUAUGAAUCUCAAAGCUAUUCUCCUCGGGAAAGUACUUUAAGUACAAUUUCUGAUUUUUCAGAAGAAGACUGUAAUAACUUACAAGUCAAUGGACCUGUGCCUGAAGCACUCUUUACACAAAAACACAAUGGAAUACUUUUGUGUUCAAAGGCUAAUGAAACAGGUGACCACAACAGAAAUGAAGAAAAUCCAGACAGGAAGAAUGUGGAAUGUCAAAAUGUACAAUUGCCACUGAAAUCCAGGUUUAAGUCACCAGAUGGCUUUAGGUUAACUGAGAAAAAACAUGUUUCCUACAUUAGGGAAGUUGGAACUCAGACUGACAGUAUUUUUAAUGUUGAAAAAUUGGACUCUGCAACACAGUGCAAUCUUGGAAAAUUGUGUGAAGCCUGUGGAUUUGCUUCGGAAUCAAAUUCAAUUACUGAAAAACUAAAAAUAACCAACAGAGGGCAGACUAGUUCAGAGAAUGAGAUCAUGGACUCCAUGUCAGAUUCAUCUAACUUAAAUGUCCAUACUGAAAUGGAAUAUAUCACCUUAAAAAAUCUGACAGUGAAAGAACAGCAAAAUGACACGACUGCUUCAGAAGAGAUUUCAGCCAAUUUAAAGGAAACCAAGAGUUUAACUGGUUUAAAUGAAACCAACUGCAAAUCAAAACAUGAUAUUUUUGAAAGUCUGAAAUGCAGUGUAUCUACAGAUCCCAAGAGCAUCCAGCUGCAUGUCUCCACCAACAUGAGACAUUUUAAUGGGUCAACAAGAGAUGAGCUCAACUUGAAAACCUGUAGAAUUGGAGCAAUACCAAUUUGCCAAACUUUGUACGAUGAAAAUCAAAGUGACAGUUUUGUGGAUAUGAAUGGCAAUUACAGUAAGGAUAAAGAAUAUGAAAGCACAGUCAAAAGGAAUUCAGAAGAGACGAAGACACUGCAUGAAAUUGCAGACAUUUUGUUAAUGUUAGGACAUAAAAAGAUUCAGUAAAAUUUUAUGUUUAUAUUUCAUAAUACCUGUAAUAGUGUUUUUAGAGUAAACUAUUUGCUUACUUUAAAAUAUAGAUACAU